AUCCUCUUUUAUUAAGCCUCAUGGAACGGCGUCGUCUUAAGCUAGAACUGGCGUCCCUUUUUCCUGUGGGGGAAGAAAGAAAGAAUAAUUUGGCGAAGAGAUGGAACAACUAAGUGAAGAUGAGAAAAAAGCACUCCGUGGAAGCAAAUUCGCACCUCUUCCUUCUUCUUCUCGUUCUCAACCCAGGCUGGCUCAUCCAGGAGGACCAAUGAAGACGAAUAAGGCAGCAGCUUUAGCAAAAUUCCUUGAGAGGAAAUUGCAAGACCCUAACGGCUUGUCUUCUCUUGAUCCGCGUCUCAUUGAACUCGCCGUCAAUAAUGCUAAAGACACUAUUCUAUCCAGUGGGACAUCAAGUAGAGGAAGAAUCGUUCAGCAUGUGGAUUCUUUUGGUGAUUCUGAGGAAUCUGCUGAAGAUGAAGAGAUAAAAAUAUCCGUCCCAAAGAAAAGUAAGAAAAACAAAAAGAGGAAGAAGAAGUUGAAGAAGGAGAAACAGCGCAAGAAAUUGGAGGAUUCUUCAGAUGGAAUGGCCAAAAAACCUAAAAAGAAGCUGAAACUAUGAUCUACGUGGGCUUUCAAGCUUUGAUGUAGUUAGAUAGAUUAUUGGAGCUUUAAAUAGGUAGAUGGCAUGAUAAGAGCCAUCAGCUUCCUGACUUCUUCGAGAUUUUACAGUUGCAGAGGCUAAUCGCCACGUUCCAUAUUCAAUCUUGGUCUUCUCAAACCUAACUAAUAUUUCUAGCUUGCCAUUUGUGCAGUUAUUUCAUUCUUGUAGCAUUUUACUUUGUGCUCUGAGUUCGUUGUCAAUGUUAUAAAUUUUAAUGACAUUCAUUGUUGAAGGAAAUAUUUCUUGAUGA